UAUGAGGUUUGUAACGUUUACGUGCUGGCAAAACAAAUAUCCGACGAGCAUGUGAAGGCAGCACUCAGCUGGUAGUUCCCUGAGCAGCAGACGUCGGAGCAAGACUGCAUCUCAGCAUGGAGAGCAGCACUACAGAGGUAGCAGACCACUCGGCGCGCACCUUCUCCCAGGUGGUGUUCAUCGACAUCCCUCAGUCAUACCCACCGUCCACCCACGUCACCUGCAGCUACACCCUCACUGCGGCCUUCCAGCCCAACCCCAGGGACUGGGUGGGCAUCUUUAAGGUGGGGUGGACCACAACAAAGGAUUAUCAUACCUUUGUGUGGGUGGAACCAUGUAUGGAUGUAGUUGGGGAACAGACAGUGACAAGGCAAGCUUUCUUUAAGGAUUACUACCUGCCCAAAGAUGAGAUCGAGUUCUACCAGUUCUGCUACGUCGACAGCACCGGUCAGGUGCGAGGAGCCAGCACUCCUUUCUGUUUCAGAAGCCCUGCGGAGCAAAGCCUGGAGAGCAGCCCGGACGACGACCUCCUGGUUAUCACAACACAGGACCAAGUCGAGCAGAGCUUACGCGAGAAAGCUGAAAUGCAGAAAGAGCUGGAUCAGAUAAGAGCUGAAAACGAAACCUUGAAGAGUGCUCUACUGAGGGAGCAGCAGCAAGCUGCCAGCUUAAAGGGGCAGAAUGAGCAAAAAGAGAAAGAAAAAGCUGAACUGGCCACUGAACUGGAUCAAACCAAGCAACAGAUUGAAAACGUCAGAAGCUCUUUGCAGCAGCAGCUGAAAGAAAAUGACAGCUUGAAGGAGGAGAUGGUGAUCCAGAUGACGAAGCAGAUGGAGAUACAGCAGGGCAGCGUCACUGAGAGGAGGGAGCGGAGUUCAUCGAGAACGAGCGAGGAGAAAUACGAUCGAGCUGUGCAGAAGAUCAACCAGCUGAAAGACGAGCGUGAAAAGCUGAAGGAGGCGAUUGAGGCCCAGAGUGAGGAGAUCUCCAAGCUGAAUGCAAAGGUCCGAGAAGGUGAACGGGAGCUGUUUAAAGCAAAGGACAGCAUCCAGCUCAUCGAGGUGGACCUUCAGAGCAGCAGGAAAGAGAAAGAGAGGCUCGCUGCAGAACUGCAAAGACUGCAGAGCCUCAACUACAACGUGGACAAAAUGCAGAGAGAGAACCAGGACUUACAGAGGAGGCUUUCAGUGCAGGAGACUCAGCAGAGCCCUUCGGAUGACCUAAAGUUUCAGUGUCAGACUCUUACCAGACAGCUACAGGAGACUCAGGCCAAGCUGGCAGCUGAAAAGGAGGAGACCAGAAACACCAAGAUACGUAAUGAGUAUUUGGAGAAGGAGAUGCAACAAAUCCGGGAUCAGCUGGAGAACGUGUGCAAAGCAUUGGAUGUCGAAAAACGAAAGAGCAGCAAAUUUGAGUUGCAAAUCCAUGAAGUUAAUGAAGUGUUGGCAGAUAAGAACAUCGCCAUAGAGGAAAGUGAGUCGACCAUAAAUCGGAAAGACAAUCAGAUCACACUCCUGACACAAGAGAAGGAGGAGCUUGCUCGAGAAAACCAGACUCUCAAAGAAAACAUUCAGGACCUGCGCAGACUUUACACAGAGCCCCCUACGACUCCUGCAGAACCUUUGUACUUGCAGCCAGAUGACGACGCACCACCUGCUUCAACCCACGUUUAUGAAACCAUAGGACCAGAGGACGAGGAGUCGCUGGUGUGUCGUCACUGCCGCGAGAGCUUCCCCGGCAUCACCCAGGACGAACUGGAUCAACACGAGCAGUGUCACCGCGUCUGCCCCUUCUGCACGAUGCUCUGCGACGACAUGGACCAGGCCACGUUUGAAGAUCACGUCUACAGCCAUUAGGAGAGAGAGCGGCAGCAGCGUGGUUUGAAUAAGUCUUAAGAGAUGGGUGGUUAUAAAUUUAAAAGUAACUUCUUGGCUUCAACAUGUUGGCCUGCAGACACUGGAAACCUGCCUGUGUUACGUAAUCCUUCGUAGCCUAUGUUAUUGCAUUUAAAUAUAAAAACUUAAACGUAGACGGCACAACUUCUCUGCUUACAUUUUGGCAAGUGCACACAGAUAUUUGGCUCUGCUGCUGGUAUUAACACACGAAGUGUCAAACAAGUCAGUUAAACUAGACUACAGCCAAACGCCUCAUUAAAACCUACUUAGGACAUGCAAACUUCUGAAU